AUAAUAAACUUUCUCGAUUUCUUUUUAGCCCAACUAGUUUCCAGUUGGAACGUAUCGAUUGGUAACAAAACAGCAACCAGUAUGCGCGUUUCUUGGAAAAAUCUGUCAGCACUGCUAGACCAAAGCAUUCUUCAGUAUCUGGCUGUCACAAAAAGCGGCAAUGGAAGUAUUGUGAAUGGAAAUAUCCUGCAAGGAAAUGCCACAUCUAAUGUUUUCUAUGGGCUGUCGCCAUAUAUGGAAUAUCGACUCAAUGUUCUUGGUGUAAAUGAUAACGGAAAGGUUUACAAGAGUUCAGAGGUGACAGAGUGGACUGAGGAAUCGGGUAUGUUUUUAUUUCAUUGGUUACCUUGCCUGCCAAAUCCCGAUUUAUAACUUAUUCAUAACAGCUUUUCAUGUUGUAUUUCUCUCUAGUUCCUGGUCUUGCUCCUAACAAUAUAACGUUCUCUGAAGUAAGAGAAACGCAGUUCAAGGUUACUUGGAAUCCUCUUCCUCAGCAGUUUCACAAUGGCCGAUUGUUAGGCUAUAGAGUUUACUUCAGGAGGAGCGCCUAUUUUCCAAUACCAUUUAAUACAAGCAGUUUAGUCACUAGUAGUCCUAACAUAACAUGGGCAUUGAUAGCAGGACUAGGACCGGCUCAGCGCUAUGAUGUUUCUGUGGCGGCGUAUACAUCCAAAGGAGAAGGACGGAAUUCCUCUUUUUAUUAUGUUACCACAGGUAAAACCGAAGGCAAAAUAGUAAAUUUUAAUCUUGAGGUAUCACCAUUAACCAAUAAAAACAAUGGGUGGGUGAGUAGAGACUAAAAACGGGCGCGUGGCUAUCAGAGCAAUCUAUAAACCUGUUGGCCCGGGCCUACAAAUUUUUUGUUUGAUAACUUCACCUUUUCUUAUAAGUUAUACGUUUUGGGGUGAGCUAAAAAGCUUAAGAGGUCAAAGCGUUGGUGAGGACAGUGCAGGCCUACAACUAGCCAACAGGCUACAAUCUUGGACAAAACUGUUGAGAAAAUUGUAUACUGGAAAGCAUUUUUCUAAACAUCGUAGCUGUACCGGUUCUUCCCUCUCCCCCUUCCCCUGAAAGCAAUGUUGUUGUGUAUUCAAAAGAAAGCCUGAUCCCUGGGCGUUUGUGGGGAGCAACAUUGAAUUGGGGGAAGGGGUUUUCUUUCCGCAAAGGCGUCGUUUUGGAAAUAGUUUUGUUGCGAAGGAAAGUGGACAUGAUGGGGAAAACUUUCUCAAGUAGUUUUGUCCGGGAUUGUAGCUACGCCCCUGAACAGGGUGUUUUUCUGGACUCCGGACAGGAGACGCUUUGUUCAGCGGAUGAACUUUGGCGGAGUGUGGGCAACCAACGUUGCACUUUUAACAAUAGUUUAGAAAUAAGAAACAAAAUCAUAAAAUUGUUCUUGUACUUACGGUUUAUUAAAUAUACUUACUUAAGAUGUAGAAUAAGAUUCUAAAAGUGCUUCCUGAGCGUUUUCAUUUUUUAGCCUUCAAAGCAGACUCGAAACUGUCUUCUAAUCAUGUUCGUUACAGCUUGCAAGGUGGUGGUCAACCAAUCAUCAGGCGGUAUAAGUGUGACGCAUUAUGAUUACACCAGCUUGUACUGCUCCUGGUCAAUCGGCAAUGCCGAUAUCCCCCAAGCAAUUGGUCUAGUGUUAAUUCAGGAGAUAAACUUUCGUUAUUGCAGGUAUUCAUUGAUAUUGCUACUUUAUUAAAUCCGAUGCAACUCAAUGCUAAAAUUUAAAUCAGAGCACUAUUUUAUUAUGUGUUGGGGACCAUAAUUAUUGAUUAUGAUUGAAUUGUAGAAGAAAGAAACCACUUAAACCAUUGUAAUUUUGUUACAAUUUAGAGUUCGUUACAAGAACAGAGCCCUUUUGUCUUUGGUAUAGCUCUUAUUAUCUGUAGCAAAGGACCAAAAAAUAAGUGGAGCAUUAAAAAGAGAUAUGAAAUAUCAUAGAAUGACUCCUUGGCGUGCUCAGUGUCAUGAACUAGGUGCUUUCAUAUCUUGUAAAGAAAAUGGAAUUCAUGAAUGGUUUUAUGCUUCAUAUGACUGAAAAUGUGUCAUUUCUCCAGCUGCUAGGAAGGGGUCGUUCCUGCCAUCCGAAACAUUAUAAUUAUGCGUAUUUUUAAGACAUGGAAGAGAGGCCUAAGCCUCUCUGCUCACCGCAUUACGACCUCUUUUUUUGCCAGCUUGCAAAACCGCCAUUCAGUUCCUCGUAAAAACCCCUCGUCAUUAAAACGGCCAAAUUUUUGUGGCCCAUUGAUGGUUGUUUUAACGGGGUUCCACGGUAACUGACUCAAUAAUCACUCUCUUAAGAAACAUGAAGUAUAAAUGGAAAGGUGUAAAUUCUCUUGACGGGCUAUUUUGUUUUCUGUCCUUAUUACCACAGUGAAUAUUUCAAGAUUUUUGACGGUAAUGGGGUUCGGAAAUUUUACCAAAGCGGCUGCUCGUCUUCUGUUCGUGGAUCAUUGGUAGAGGUUCCGUUUUCUGCCUCAAACAACAUAACAGCAAGUUUCAACAUGCGUCGCUUGGGAAGUGCUAUCAAGGCUGAUUACCUGAUACUGAGAAAAAGCAUUUAUGCAGGUACAACCCAAUAUCGAUGACUUGCAUGUCAAAAAAAAUAAAUUUAAGCACUUAAAUUGGCUUCUUUGCCUAUAAGCCUAGUUUGCGUAGCCUUCUUCUUUAUUAAACACCAGGUUCAGCCAGUCAAUUCUGGCCUCUUUUUAUAACGCCGUGACAUAAAAAUAUAGCUGUACACUUCUUAAAAUCAGGAAAAGGAAGUUUAGCAUGCGGUAAUCAUGGAGAUGUUGACGUAAGAUUACGACAACUUCAUCAUUAGUUUUGUCUCUUUUAUUUCCAUUCCUUAAAAUGUACUCGGUCACUUAAAACUUGGCCAUUAGUUUCCCUUGGUUCAAUUUGAAGCUUGGCGCAAGUAGACUUUAGUUAUUUAGCACGAAUCUAUAUCUUUUAAUGCAUAGAUUUAGCCAGGGCUAAAAGCGAAGCUCUUAUUAACUCCAAUUUAUAAUUUCAAUCAAACAAUAAACUUGUAAUUUCCACAAUUCAGUUAACUUUGGAUCACAUUGGUGUGACUUUUGAGGGAAAGGCUAAGUGAUUUUAGAGAAAACUAAUUUGCAAACAGUCCAAGCUAAGAGUGAACUUAAUCUUACAUCGAGUUAAUAUAAUAGCCUUAUAUGUACACCCAAGUAAUAGCAUAGCCAUAAUGGCUCUUGAUCACAGUAGAUUAGGCCUGGAAAACAAAUUCUUGGAAAACAAAUCAGGCCGAAUUUUUUUUGCGUUCGACAAGUUUACUUUACAAAAUCUUGCCAACAAGUCUGGGGACGUGUAAACCAACCUUUUAUACUUUUUAUACAUCACAUCUGAGGUGCGCUGUUUUUAUCCUACAGACCUCGGACAGAAUGCAGUAUUUCACAAUUUUGCAAUACAAAUUGCACUCAUUCAGUAUUUAGGACGAUCGAAGCAAGCGUGGGCUUUCAACGAAACCGUUAAAAAAAAUUUCCAAAAUCACCUAUACGGCUAGCCGGUUCUCACUUUUGACAAGCGCCAAAGUCGACUGUUUAAAUUAAGAUUAAUAGCGGGGCUCUCGCGCGCGCGAAGCGCGCGUGGGACAGAGCCCCAUACCCAUGGAAUAUGGUCAACCUCUUUUCGUUUGGUUGUCACGUGAUUGACCGAGCGUACGUACGUACGUACGUACGCGUCUACAGAUUGUAUGGGUGGGGUAGGGGAGACUAUCAAAAGGAAGGAAGGGGUGUCUCAGGCGUGUCUUGGCAAGCCCACAUCUUUAAUAUAGGACAUUAACAAUAUGGUCAAUUGACAGCUGUCCAAAAAGGAUAGCCACUGACCAGUAUCCCAUGACCAUAUCACGGGUUCAUGUGUCAACUCAUCGAGGUGACGUGAUUUAUUUGGAAGCUGUCCGCUGACCAGUUAACUGUUUUACUAGAUCGCGAACAACGUUCAAUCUCAUACUUUUACUAGUUUGGGAGCACAGGAAAACUGAUAAUGCACACAUAUUGGACAUCAAUGUUUUGAUCAAUUGACAGCUGUCAAAACAGAGUACCCGCUGACCAGUAUCACUUGACCGUAUCGCGGGCUGAGGUGUCGACCCGUCGAGGUCAAGUAUUUUUUGAAGUUAUCCGCUGACAAGUAAACUAGUUUUCAAGUGAUCGCAGGCUCAAGUUCAAUUUUUUUUCUUAAUUCAUAUGAAAUAUGUUGUGUUUAUGUGCUGCACAAUUGCAAACUGACCUCGGACGUGAAAAAUCAGCCAGCUGUUACAGGCAGGGAAGACAGUUGCUUUUGUUUUUUCUCACAAUGGUCACGCGUUGGUCACGCUCUACGUCCAAUUUUUAUGCUCUGAUUGGUCAAAAUUUGACAUGUGAGUUCAUGCGCAAAAUUUAUGCAGCAUCUUGAAUCUUGUUUACUUUAACAGCUGAAGCUGACAGAGUUUUGUGUCAACUUGUGAUGUUUUUAACUGUCUUUUUCCACUGGAUGUACAAAAUGAAAUUCAGCUGCUAUCAGGAGUCUUCUGUUACUCAUGGCUAGUUUGUUUAUUGGGUUUUUGGUUGAGAAAACGUCGCUUGUCAAAGUCGGAAAUCCGAUUUCGGAUGGCAUCGUUUUCGUUUUCACCUUGCUUGAUGCGUAAGAGGAUUGCAAAGUCUGAAGCGAUACUGGCUUUACCUGAUAACUUUCAGGAGCUGCAUCUCGAAUGGUAAGCCAGAGAAAUUAUUGUAUUUCAUGUUUGUUUUUUGUAUCUAAUUUAAUGAAGUGGAGCGUAGUUUAUGCGGGAAUUUAGUUUAUGCGCGUUUGUAAGUUUUGAGACAACGAUCUCACCGAGUAUCUGGUUUGAUAUAAUCUUACAGAACUUUAAAAAGCCUUUAGACAGUUUCUCACCGUAAAUAUAAAGAAAAUGUUCCAAAGAAUCUUUAGUUAUAAUUCUAGCCGGAAAAGAAAGCUUUGAGCGAUUUUCUUGCCUCGAGUUCGUCUUUGAAAAAACAAACACCGGGAAGCUGGCUUAAAACAUAAACUUCAGCAAACUUAAGCUUGAAGCUUGAAGACUCAGGAUAUUUAGGGACACUUUAAUACUUGUCUUCCUGAAUGAAAAUUGUUGUCUCUGUUUAUGUUUCACCGAAUUAUAUUUCUUUUAUUGAUUGUUGGUAGUCUCUCUUGCAAUUUUAAUCGCUAUGCCGAUUGUUUUCAGUCGUUCAGUGAACAUCGCUUGCAGGAGUUCUCAAAAUGCCGCGCGUUAAACCAUCAAAUAAAAAAUAAACAUGAUAAAUUCUCUAUUAUCUUGGAGCGUAACUCUGUUAAUGUUCAUUCAAACACUCGCUAGAGCUCGCACUACAAAAGUGAGAACCGGAUGGCCGUAUAGGUGAUUUUGGAAAAUUUUUUUAACAGUUUAUGAAUAUUGAAUAAGAGCAAUUUGUAUUGUGAAAUACUGCUUUCUGUCCAUGGUAUAAAAGGUUGGUUUACACGCACCCAGAUUUGUUGGCAAGAUUUUGCAAAGUAAACUUGUCGAACGCCAAAUAGCCAUUACGGCUCUUAAAUGUGAUAAAAGAUGAUUACCAGUUUUUGAGUGUACAUAUGAGGCUAUCAACUCGAUGUAAGAUUUGGUUCACUCUUGGGCUGUUUGCAAAUUAUUUUUCUCUAAAAUCAGGUAGCCUUACCCUCAAAAGUCACAUAAAUGUGCUCUAAAGUUAACUGAAUUGUGGAAUUCGAAUACAAGUUUAUUGUUUAAUUUAAAUUAUAAAUUUACUAAUGGGAGCCUCGCUUUUAGCCCUGGCUAAAUCUAUAUAUUACAGUUAUACGCUUCAACAUAAUAAAUAAUUUAUUAUGUUUAUCUUUUAUCUAGUGGUUUUAUAACGAUGUGUAAUCUUCAAAAGUCGACAAAAGCGUUUGAUACCCUUGGCAUUUUGACAAGUCCGGCAGGCGAUGUUCAUGAGGGACUGAAAACAAACGGACUACGAACUACGAACUACGCUCGACUUCAUUAAAUUACAAAUAAAAAAAGAAACAUCAAAUAAAUAAUUACUCAGGCUUACCAUUCGAGAUGCACUGAAAACUAUCAAGUAAGGCGAGAAUCGCUUCAGACUUUUUAACCCUCUUACGCAUCAAGCAAGGUGAAAAAAGAAAACGAUGCUAUCCGAACUCGGAUUUCCGACUUUGACAAGCGACGUAUUUCUCAACCAAAAACCCAAUAAACAAACUAGCCAUGAAUAACAGAAGACUCUUGAUAGCAGCUGAAUUUCAUUUUGUACAUUCAGUGGAAAAAGACACUUAAAAACAUCACAAGUUGACGCAAAACUCUGUCAGCUUCAGCUGUCAAAACCUUAAACAAGUUUCAAGAUGCUGCAUAAAUUUUCCGCAUGAACUCACCUGUCAAGUUUUGACCAAUCAGAGCAUAAUAAUUGGACGUAAAGCGUGACCAACGCGUGACCUUGGUGAGAAAAGUCAAAAGCAACUGGCAUGUCUUCCCUGCCUGUAAAAACUGGCUGAAUUUUAGCUUCCUAGGUCAGUUUGAAAUCAAAACUUUAAUUGUGCGGCACAUAUAAAACACAACAUAUUUCAUAUGAAUUUAAAAAAAUAAAGUUGAGCCUGCAAUCAUUUGAAAACUAGUAACUUGUCAGCGGAUAACUUCAAAAAGAUACUUGACGGCGAUGGUUCGACACCUGAGCCCGCGAUACGGUCAGUUGAUACUGGUCAGCGGAUACCCUCUUUUGACAGCUGUCAAUUGAUCACAACAUUGAUGUGCAAUAUAUGUGCAAUAUCAGUCUUCCUAUGCUCCCAAACUAGCUAGAAAGUGUGAGGUUGAACAUUGGUUGCUUUGUGGAGCGGACGGACGGGCGGGCGGUGCACGGUCACGUGGUUGCCAAAUUUUCUGGGAUGAGUAGAUUUACUUACCCAUGGUGCUCCGCAGGCGCGCUUCGUGCGCCAGAGCUCCGCUAUUAGUCAUUGUUAUUAGCUGAAAAUUGUUACCAACAGCGUGUUCUCUCAUUGGUUACCUCGAGGUCACAUGACAUCUAACAAUGAAAUUGUUUCGUGAGCGAGAACAUUGCAAAAUCUAUAUGACGUCAGUUACCCUCGGAUGUUGACCGACGACCGCCAUUACAGCGAAGUUUAAUGAAUUUUUAGCCAUAUAACAAAUCGCUUUUAAGACUAAUCCAUCGGGAAAUAGUUUUGUUUCCUUGGGACCACUCAUUAAGGGUUUUACUAUUUCAUUCUUUCUAUUCCUAUUUCUGUUAAAACACUUGAUAGACUACUGUAUAUUUAUUAAUGUAUGUCUUUUUUUGAUAUUUAGCUCAAAUGCCUUUUGGUUGGAAUUUAACAGUGGAAAACAUCACCUUCUCAAGCAUAUUAAUUCGGUGGACAAACCUUACCAACAUUCUCAGCCGUAAAGUUGGUCAUUACGUUGUCUUCUUAAACAGGCGAAAUAACACUGUCACAUUAUAUCAGGUUGUCGAUGGGGAUCAAUUAACCACGGAAAUCAACGGACUCACUAAUUCAACAAAUUAUUCUGUGGAAGUCGUUGGGGUUGACACAAUGGGGAAGCCUUACAAAACUCCAUCAGAAGCCAUCGUGACGGCAAACCGUAAGAGAGAAACGCCACUGUUUUUUUGUUUUUGUUUUUGUUUUUUCCUCUGUGAACAGGGUCUGUACCAUUUCAAAAAAGUCGUGAAAUUAGCUUGGUAAUUUUCCGUACCCGGAAAAAGUCUGGAAAAUAGAGCUAAAGUCUUGAAAAAAGUUUUUUUGAAAGCUAUAACAAAUCUUUCACAAGUGAAUUUUUUUCGUGUUGUUCGUAUCUUUUUCAAUCUUGCCUGCACGUUAUGGAAAAAGCUUUGUUCCUUUGUUCCUUCGUUUUUUUCCUCAAGUCUCUAUUGAUCACCUAUUUGAUAACCUUGAGUGUGGAGAAAAAAUAUAUUGUUUUAGAAAAAAAAAUGGGAAAAGUCUUGAAUUCUGGAUCAGAAAUCUGCACAAAUUAACCCAAUGUGUUAAUACUCAGAAAAAUUUUGAAAUUAGCAACCUUUAACUUUUCAACUACCAAGAGUGACCAACAUCAAUUUUUCAUCAAUAUUUUAGAAUAAAAAAAAGUAAUAGUAAUUGCUAAAAUUAACGCCGAAGGGAAAAUGCUUUAAACAGAUUGUCGGGUUGUCUUAAUUCUGUAAAAAACUUUACGGAGAUUAGUUUAGAGAAUUUGUAUGUGGAUUGGGACCAAAUGGGUUAACUACCGCGUAUCUUGAUUUCCUUAUUGGUAGACAAGCAAUGAAGUGAAAUUAUCGUAUCUGUUAAAUGAUUAAACUUUACCGUUACCUUUUUCUUUAUAAUGGUGGAUAAAUUUGAUGCAAAUAGUAUGCUACUUUCCAAACCAUGAUGGAUUUUAGGCUUAGAGCUAUCUCAUUUACAUCUUUUGUCACUUUUUUUGGAGAGUUUAACCGUAGAAAACGUCUUGAGCAAACAGAGAAUUUUAUUCUUAUUUGCAACAUUCGUAUUUUUGUUUUUGUUUGUUAAGGAAAAUAUAUGUUAUUCAUAGAGUAAUUAUAUUAUCAUUACAGUAACAUGCGGUAUAAGGCCCAGUGUCUAUACCGCAAGGAUCGUCAACGGGUCCGAGGCACCUGUAAAUGGCUGGCCCUGGCAGGCAAUGCUACUAUCAAGCAGCGGUAGUCAGUUCUGUGGAGGAUCCUUAAUCCAUCCUCAAUGGGUUUUAACAGCAACUCACUGUGUAAGAAGCAAGGCUCUGUCGGAUGUCAAAGUGAGGUAAGAGUAGGAAGUCUAACUAUACACGGCUUUACGAUCAAGUGCAAAACCAGUACAGUUGGAAGUGCAACUCUAAAUGUGCUUUCACUACAAGAUGAUAUAUAAAGUGGGAAGGAGGGGGCGGGGGGAAGGUUGCUGGUAUAUACCGUCCACAAAAAAGCUCGGACAGGACUUUAUGGCGUGGCGUACUACUACAAAGAAGUAUAACCAAUCAAUACCCAGUUCUUUAUUAGCAGUUUGGUAGCCUGGAAAGGACAUUCCUAUCUUUAAUUGAAUCCCAUCUGAGAAGAGUAAUAAAUUGUGGGAUUUAGUGAAAAGAACAAAUCCAUACAAAUUAUCUACGUCUCGUUUGCAUUCAAACGUCCAGCGCAUUCACACAUAUCCAUUCCGCUAAGUCCAAAUGAUACUUUUCUGUACGCUUUGGCAAGAUUUGGAUUCGUGGGGGGUCAUGUAGCAGCUGUUCGGAAGAGAAGUCGCAAAUGGUGCCUCACUCUAACCCCCCAAAAUACUAAAACAAUAGAAAGAAUGACACGGCAUGGUUCCUGCGACCCAUUAGGGGAGACCGUACGAGCAGGUCCUAUACUACCCCGCGUGGGAUUUGACGAGAAGGCAGUUCAUUGCAGUGAUUUUGUGUGCCAUGUAAGACCAAUAAUUCUGCUGAAAUAAUUUACUUUCCACCUUAUUUAGCAACACUUAUCAUUCUAGAGGAUGAUGCACGAACAAAAAAUAAGGUGUUAUUAAGGAAUGGGAUGCUGUAACCAGUUCGUUAUUAUUAUUAUUAUUAUUAUUAUUAUUAUUAUUAUUAAUAUCAUUAUUAUUAUUACUAUUAUUAUUAUAUUUUUAAUUACUUUUUUUCUUUUAUUAUUAUUUUUUUUCGUUUAUAUAGAUUGGGAGCACAUUACAGAUUGUGGUCUUCCGUUGGAACAGAACAAGACUUUGACGUUACAAAUAUAAUCCAACACGAAAACUAUUACUCUCCCAACCGCUAUAGCAACGAUAUUGCCUUGCUCAGGUUAUCAAGACCAGCUAGCCUUGGCAAAGGAGUUGGCCUAGUUUGUCUUCCAGAUAUAAACUUUCAGCUUCCCUUUGAUAAUUCUAACAAGCCCUGUUGGAUCACUGGCUGGGGAAGACUUUACUACCUAGGUCCACAGCCAAACGCACUCAUGCAGGUUGAUUUACCACUCGUAUCUAAGCAACGCUGUCUCAGUUAUUACCCUGGAAGAAUAGACGACUCCAUGAUAUGCAUUGGAAAAGCGCAGGGAGGUCAGGGUGCCUGUCAUGGUGAUAGUGGAGGGCCGCUUGUUUGCGAAUUUAAUGGUAAAUGGUAUCUUGAAGGAGCCACGAGCUGGGGUGGCCUUCCUUGUGCCGCCCCUUUAAAGCCAACUGUGUACGCAAACAUUCGUAACUUAAAAUCCUGGAUAAUCAACAAAAUGAAUGGAUUUGUUACCGCUUCUCCACCUCCAUCUGGCGCCUCAGGUACAGUUUUCUUCCUGGUGUUUUCGUUUUCUUGUCCUUCAAUAAAUUCCUCUACUGAAGUUAUAUCUGCAAACCUUGAAUUGCUCGAAGAAGACGCCAUGGUUUUCCUUUUGCCUAGUGACGCCGUCAGUGAAAGGCGGGAAAAUCGAUACGAUUUUUGUCACCAGUGAAAACUUUCGUCUGCGGGUUGUGAUUGGUCAUACGGUAUUUUUCACUAGUGAGAAAAAUCGUACAACCAAUCAGAUUGCGUGUACUCUGCAACGCAUCAUUUUUAUUUGACAUAUUCAUUUUGCAGUAAAUCUCAGUACAUAUAUAAUAAUAAUAUUUACUAAUUCCCAAGUCAUUAUACUUUAAGGUCUUUUGAAACAUACAGCCAAAAACGCUAGUAAUGGUCGGUAAUGGUAGACUUCAGAUAUCUCUCUGUCAAUCACUCUGCCCAAUCAACUCAAGGCGGACUUGUGUUUUUCUCGUUGUGCGAGCAUCGAACAGGCAAAACGAAAAAAACAACAACAAACAACAACAACUUUAUUUAUUUAUUUACAUCUGAGCGGUUUACAAACUAAAAUUAACGGUCUCCACUGAACAAACAAAAGUUUACAGUUUGUCAAAUACAUAUUGUAUUAAAUGGCUUAAGUAAGAUAGGAGAAAAAUCAACAUACCUUAAGUGCCAACGAAAUAGGGUUCAUUAUUUCUGCCAAACCAUAGUUAAUUAAAGUGGAAUGGUCGGGAAACCCUUUUUUAUAGGUUUUUUGUUAGCGUUUUUGGACCUGACCGUGCACAACGUUCAAUAGCCUUCCUAUCAUUUUGAUGUUUUUGACUAAUCGAAACAUUGCAUUAAUUUAUUCAGUCUUAAUUUUUUGGACAGAAAACAAAGGAUUGUGCACGGUCAGGGAGUUUUCAAUAUAACCUACAGCACCAUUGUUAAACUAUGGUCAAACACAUUUAAAACUGGUAUAAGCGUCUUGCACCCUUCGCCAUUGCAGAAAGGCCGAGACAGUAUCUAAAAGAAUCAAAGGGUGCCCAUGGCUAACUCGUGGAUUAAUUAUUUUAGAAAUGAAAGCUUAAAAUGAACUUGCAAUAAGUUAACAGCAUAAUGUAAGUCUGUAAAUUUAUGUAUCCCAGGCCAUUAGCGGUAGGGUGAGAUCAACGGGUUUUAGGGAACUUAAGAACCACGAAGAAGUUCACGACGACGACGUCUGUUGACUGGGAAAAGACUGGAACGAGAAUGUCAGUUUCGGCGGGGAAAAGAAAACUUAAGAUGCAGUCGAUCGGUCGACGACGACGACGACACUGAAUUUAAACGAAAUAUAAACACAAAAGUAAAACUGUGUGGUUCGUUUGCAACAAAGUUUUUCGCAAUGGCGUCUUUUAAAACAAUGCAAGAUCUUAUUUUUUAAGCCUUACGUCUAAUUUCAUUGACGAUGAAGAAUUUUGUGUUGUCUGACCUUUUCGAGUGGAAAAACACCUGCUUUCCCUACGAAGAUUAUUCAACUUUCAACCUGAUUGAGAUGACUGAGUCCGAGUGUCUGUCAGAGUUUAGAUUUGGAAAAAGAGACAUUCUGAUGUGAUAGUGGUUUUCCAUAGAAAGUUUAUUUCCUCUGUAUUGAAGAUAUAUGAUUUGCCUUACCUAAAUACGUACAAAUAAAUUUAUCACUUACGAGUUCGUUCGCUCGCUCGGCCUCCUCAGCUGUUGUCAUUCUGCGAAGUAAAAACAAUUCGUUGGUCAAAUUUUCAAUCAACAUCGCUUGUUAGGAGAAAAAAAGGAACGAUACCUGGAUUUACGACGAUAGGAAAAUGCAAAGGACUUCAAAAAUCGCUUAAACAGUGAAUUCAUACCUGCUGAACCUUGUGGAUUGCAGGACGACGUGAUUCUACUUUGUUUGGCGUCGUCGACGACACCACGACGACGAAAUUUACUGGUCGCGCUUGGGCAGUACACUGUAACUCACUUCCGGUCGUCGUGGUUCUUAAUUUCCCUAUUAGGGAACUUAAGAACCACGACGACGGCUUGGUCGACGACGACCGGAAGUGAGUUACACUGUACUGCGCAAGCGUGACUAGUAAAUUUCGUCGUCGUGGUGUCGUCGACGACGCCAAAGAAAGUAGAAUCACGUCGUCCUGCAAUCCACAAGCUUCGGCAGGUAUAAAUCCACUGUUUUAAGCGAUUUUUGAAGGCCUUUACAUUUUCUUGUCCUCCUAAAUCCAGGUAUCGUUCCUAUUUUCUCCAAACAAGCGAUGUUGAUUAAAAAUUCGACUAAUGAAUUGAUUUUACUUUGAAGAAUGGCAACAGCUGAGGAGGCCGAGCGAGCGAACUAGUAAGUGAAUUGUGAUAAAUUUAUUUGUACGUAUUUAGGUAAGGCAAAUCAUAUAUCUUUAAUAUAGAGGAAAUAAACUUUAUAUGGAAAACAGCUAUCACAUCAGAAGGUCUCUUUUUCGAAAUCUAAACUCUGACGGACACUCGGACUCGGCCAUCUCAUUCAAGUUGAAAGUUGAAUAAUUUCGUGCGGAAAGUAGGUGUAUUUCCACUCGAAAAGGUCAGACAGCACAAAAAUUUUUUCAUCGUCAAUGAAAUUAGACGUACGGCUUGAACAAAUAAGAUCUUGCGUUGUUUUGAAAGACGCCAUUGCGAAAAACUUUGUUGCGAACGAACAUCACAGUUUUACAUCUGUGUUUACAUUCAGUGUCGUCGUCGUCGACCUACCGACCGACCGCAUCUUAACUUUCCUUUUUCCCGCCGAAACCGACGUUCUCGUUCCAGUCUUUUCCCAGUCAACAGACGUCGUCGUCGUGAACUUCGUCGUGGUUCUUAAGUUCCCUAUUGUCUGCGUCACGACAACUGAUGAUACCAAUUAUGUUACAUUAAGGUGACUCGACCCAGUUAUUUUUUGGGGGGUACCAUCCUACUUUGAAGCUCUCUGGUAUCCCCACCUUUACUUUUAUCGUAAGUCUAACACAUAGAAUGGAUAACAUAUAGAUCAAUCUACAAUAUAACAAAAAAUUUUUGGCGAUCGGAGUAAAUGUCACGUGGUUAUAAUGCCACGCCCCUUUAAGGUCUGAGUCGAAAAUCUGCUGUUGCCGGCAUUUUUUCGUGAAAAUCUCUCGGCUACACAUAGUGCGCAUUAGUGCCUUGCGCUGAACAGGAGUUUCACCAAAAUCGCAAAGACCCAAUUCGAGAAAUUCAACGGUUUCCAAAUUUAGGUCAAAAUUUAUGCGAAAAUGAUAAGCAAACUUUACACGCAUUAUAUCUAAUAAACUAUGAGAUUCACCUCUUUAUUUUGGGCAUCCUUAUAACAGAUGGGUCCUUGCAAGUCAGCAAAACAAUUUAGGGCCUUGUAAAUGCGCGCGAUUUCGAGCAAAGCAAACAUACAGAAAUUAUAGUUUUCGCUAUUUGUUGACGUUUGUCAGCGUUUAAGAGUCAAUCUCACGAAAAAAGCAUUUUCUUAAAAAUUCGUAGUUUUUUUUCCUUCAAUUUUUUUCAGGGCCACAAUUGAUUAACUAACUACCCGGACUCUGAAUUUCAUGGUCAUUGAAAAACUGUGACAUUACCUUCUAUAAGCCCAAACUUGAGUAAACAUUGAAGAUUUUUAGCGUUUUGGCUGAGUUUGUGCUUUGGGAGUUGUCUAUUAUUUCUAGUCUGUCAUGAUGCAUUCUUGUUCAGCACGCGUGCAAUGACCGCGCUUGGCUGACUUCCGAAUGCUCACCGAGGUAUGAUAAUUUUGGUACAGUGAGACAGGCCAUCGCGUGAUACAUACAGGUUUAACUCACAAUUUUCAAUCAAUUCUCUUGCCUCUUGUGCCUUUGCAAAAAAAAUCAAGAAUUGCUACACACUAAAUGUACUUACUGUUAAAAAAUAUCAUUUUUUCAUAGGUUUAAUGCAAGCCAAUAAUUAAGCCACCUCGUGACAGGAUCCCCUUCUAUUUUCUUAUACUAAAUUAUCAUAUCUCGAUGAGCAUUCGGAAGUCAGCCAAGCGUGGUCAUUGCACGCGUGCUGAACAAGAAUGCUGUAUAAUGACAGACUAGAAACAAUAGCCAACUCCCAAAGCACAAACUCAGCCAAAACGCUAAAAAUCUUCAAUGUUUACUCAAGUUUGGGCUUAUAGAAGCUAAUGUCACAGUUUUUCAAUGACCAUGAAAUUCAGAGUCCGGGUAGUUAGUUAAUCAAUUGUGGCCCUGAAAAAAUUUGAAGGAAAAAAACUACGAAUUUUUAAGAAAAUGCUUUUUUCGUGAGAUUGACUCUUAAAAGCUGACAAACGUCAACAAAUAGCGAAAACUAUAAUUUCUGUAUGUUUGCUUUGCUCGAAAUCGCGCGCAUUUACAAGGCCCUAAAUUGUUUUGCUGACUUGCAAGGACCCAUCUGUUAUAAGGAUGCCCAAAAUAAAGAGGUGAAUCUCAUAUUUUAUUAGAUAUAAUACGUGUAAAGUUUGCUUAUCAUUUUCGCAUAAAUUUUGACCUAAAUUUGGAAACCGCUGAAUUUCUCGAAUUGGGUCUUUGCGAUUUUGGUGAAACUCUGUUCAGCGCAAGGCACUAAUGCGCACUAUGUGUAGCCGAGAGAUUUUCACGAAAAAAUGCCGGCAACAGCAGAUUUUCGACUCAGACCUUAAAGGGGUGUGGCAUUAUAACCACGUGACAUUUACUCCGAUCGCCAAAAAUUUUAUGUUAUAUUGUAGAUUGAUCUAUAUGUUAUCCAUUCUAUGUGUUAGACUUACGAUAAAAGUAAAGGUGGGGAUACCAGAGAGCUUCAAAGUAGGAUGGUACCCCCCCAAAAAAAGUGGGUCGAGUCACCUUAACUAUUUUUAACAAUUUGCCCAUGAAAUUGCGUCGGUGGACACUGUUUGAAGCUGGUAGAGCUUUUUUAUGAAGAAAUGAAAAAUAUAUUCGAGGCAAAUAAGCAGGGUUUUGACGUUAAAAGUCGUGCUUUAACUCAUUUCGUCGCAUUUGAAGAACGUAUGGCCGACGAAACGAAAUUUUAAGUGUCUCGCAAAACCGUCGUGAAGUCUCUUGUUGUCGGCGUUACAAUUCUCUGCAUUUACACGAGGAAAAUCAAGUACGAUCCAGCAACAAUAAUAUUGAUUGAUAUUCCCCUAAAAAAACUUGUGAUUGGGAAUCUUAUCAUGGGAAAACUCAAUCGCGAAGAAUGCAGAGACACCAUUAAAUACAGUUGACUCCCGCUAACUCGAACCUUCAAGGGAAAUCGAAAAAGGUUCGAGUUAUCGGGAGUUCGAGUUAUCGGGAGCUCGAAGAAAAUAGCCGGGAGUAAGGAAAAAAAACAGUUUUUACUGCACAGUGAGCAUUUUAAUCACAUUUAAUUGUAGAAAUGUUGAGUGAAAAUUGAAAGAUACUUUUAGAUUAUAAAUCAGAACGUAAAGUAACAAAACGUUGCCUAAAUAGAGCAUGCAUUUUACUUUUUGCGAAGUAAAGCUAUUUCACGUUAGAUUUGUGACACACAACAUCAGCCUCCACUAUCGAUCCACUAGUAAACUAGAUGCCUACAACACGUCAAUGGGAAAUUCAAAAUUCAAUGCUUCGGAGGCAGUACACUGUUUUUUCCCGCCUUUUUAAGGCCUCAAAACAUGGUUCAAGUUAUCGAGGGUAAAAUUAUAUGGAAGUGAUCUGAGGGGAAACAACAAUUACUUCGAGUUAGCGGGAGUUUCGAGUUAUCGAGGGUUCGAGUUAGCGAGGGUAAAAUUACAGUAAAUGUAUGACGGAAAUCCAGGGGAAAUCGAUUUUCGUUCGAGUUAGCGCGAGGUUCGAGUUAUCGAGAGUCAACUGCAUUCAUAAUCAGCGAAGCGGCAAAUUUGAAUACGGGCUGGCUAAGAAAAUCUCACAAUAAGAGAAGAAAGGACUCAAAUUGGUCAGGUAGCGCUGAUAAAACUUGCUUUCCUGCAUUCCAAAAGCCAAAUCCUAACAAAAAAACCUACGCGCAGCUUUUUGAAGAUGAAUGGUGUACCUGCAAAUUGAGCCUAAAAUGAAGAAGAUUGAAGAAGAGUAAGCAUUAUUCCUUUGAACUUGAAAAUACAGUCAGUAAAAACGGACUUUUUGGUAUGGAGGUUAUUUUCGAAAGAAAAUUUCUGAAAAUUUACGCUGCGUUUCAAAAACCCACGUGCGGCAAAUGAAAGAAGGGCCUUUUCUCGAACAGAAUCUGUUUUAAUUUUGAAAAUCAGUUGAGUAGAACCAGGGGUUGUGUUCGAAAAUGGCGCGUCUCGAGCAAGCGAGCUAUCGUCUUAGGCCCAAGAGUGAAUAACAAUUGUUGUCAAGAAUAAUACAAUGAGCAUUCAAGAAAACCACUCAGUUGUAAAAUAGUUCACAAUUGCCGCCAAUUUCAAAGCCAAUACAGUGCAACAUCUGACUCAUGCGAACUGCCAGCCAGAUCGCGUAAUGAGCAACGCUAAGAUCGACGAUAACGUCAACGAUCGAGAGCUUUUUUCAGGGCUCAUAGACAACCCGAUCAUUCCCCUGCUAAUCCACAUGGUCCCUCCUUUUAUGGAUAAAAAAGAUCCAAUGUUCUCUCUACAAAUUAACGGAGAAGCAGUCUGGGAAUUGCGUCAAGUUCAUGGUCACCCGAUGAGGGCAUUUGAUGUGAUCCAACGAAGCAUUUUACCGUUAGGAUACCAGCUUUUCGAUUCAUCCCGGGACCGCAUUGGAAAUGCAGUAGCCGCAAGCCUCAGACGCUUCUGCCAAAAAACACAAGCCACCACAUACGGUAAAGAACGAAAACGAUUGAAAGCAGAGACUGGGCUAAAACUAGCUAUAAACCCGGAAGAAAUCCAGCGCACACCUAAUGACGUUAUGGUGCAACUUAUUCAACAAAACAGCAAGCUAAGCACGACGGUAAAAGAGAAGGCUUCCGACUUGUAUGACGACUGAGAUGCAAAGUUAAAAAAUCGUGAGACUCAUAACAGAAUCGUCAGCUUGGACCAGCUUGGGGAGGCGAAGAGAAAUUGCUGAUCUCUUCGUCACGUUUAUCGCCUGCACGAGUCAGAAAGCUUCAAAAAUUCGUAAAACUUUUGUCUCAAAGUUGGCCAUAGUGCUAAUUUCAAACAUUCGAAGUCCACAUGAAGCCAACUUAUCGUCCCGUGAAGCUAUAGCACAAAAUCAUAACAUCAAAAUUUCUGAUUACGGAACAGGAACGAUCGAUCUACGACAGUUGUCGUUUUGAUAUCGGGCGUUAUCGUGCGAGCUGACAAAUUAUGAAAGCCGUCUAAACCCGAGUGACAUAUUUGCAUAUUGCGGUACCCACAAUAAGGGUUGAUUUCCACUGUCGCGUAAUUUUUACGAGCGUACAUGCAUAAAGUUUACGUUGGCAAAUAAGGUAGAGGCAAUGCAUGAACGGUCGCUCGUAAGCGUAAAAGUUGAACCUCGCUUAACUUGACGUUUAAUCUCAACACUUUAUAUCUUGCCUUUAUUUUAUUAACGUGAUGAAAAUUUACCAGCGUUAACGUGCGUAGACAAAAACGCGUCAGUGGAAAUCAACUCGUUCCUUGCGCUAUGCGUAAUCCACAAGUAAAAACAAACAAACAAACAAACAAACAAACAAAACAAAACACCAGAAAUACAUUUCACAUUUCACUUACCCUUAUUUUCUUGCACUUUAGGUCUAAGACUGGUUGGAGGAUCUGGAAGCUGGGAAGGAAGAGUUGAAGUAUAUCACAAUAACAUCUGGGGAACUGUUUGUGAUGACUCCUGGGAUAUAAAUGACGCACGAGUCGUUUGUCACCAGCUUGGAUUUCCUGGUGCGGUUAGUGCCCCAACGAAUGCCCGAUUCGGGCCCGGGAGUGGUCAAAUCUGGCUGGACGAUGUUGCAUGUUCGGGGAGGGAAAGUUCCAUAAUCUAUUGUCGGCACAGAGGUUGGGGCUCUCAUAACUGCGUCCACAGAGAAGAUGCAUCGGUGAUAUGCUCUGGAGGUAUGUUGGACGUGACAAUAUUCAAUAGUCAUAUCAUGUGCAUUUCGCUUAGUAAGGGGGCCGAUAAUGUGGGAGAACCUCCUGAUAUGAAUCGUUUAGAAAACUGAUUACAUAAAUGUUUAUUCAAAGCAUUUAAUCAAUAUCGUGGAUUAUACAUAAGUAAUAGAGUUUAGGAAAAAAUCAAAUAAGUUAUGAUUGGAGUUUGUUUUUUUGCUCGUUUGUUUGUUAGCGUACAGUACGAAGCUACAACCCGAAUCUCAAAGCUGUGAUUAUUUGAAAAAAAAAAAAAUAAUAAGCGAAUUCUCUCUACCAACAGCACAAACCUCGCCGUCUGUCCAAGCAUCUUGUAACUUUGACUAUGGAUUGUGUUAUGGAUGGAGUCAGUCUUCCUCAGACGUAUUUGACUGGACACGCCAAAGAGGAAGUACUUGGUCUUCAAAUACGGGACCUUCGUCAGAUCACACCACUGGAAACGGUAGAAACAUUUAUUACGCUGCAAAUUGAAAUGAAUUCGAAUUGAUUGAAGCUUAAUAAAAAAAAAAGUAGCUGUAAAUACUAAGCUAAGUGCCUACGUGGUACGAGCAAAGAUUUUAACUAAACGCGCGCGUUGUUCAGUUUGUUUAGAAAUGUCAUAUAGUCAGAAAGAGCACAUUGAACUUAGUAACAUUUUCAAGAUUAGUGUUUAUCGGGCCUAUAUUGAACGAAAUACAACAAUUCAAAGACCCCAAAAUUUACUAAGAAAUGUAUAGACGUCCGGACGAUGUCUCCGGCCAUACGUACAUCUCUUAAAAAUUGACAAGUUUGUAAAAAGCUGUGUCUUGUAAAGUAUUGCCCCGAUGGAAAUUAAACUUCCAAUUUUUCAUAACCUCAAUGUUCUUUUCUGACUAUUUGGGUCUCGUGAUAUUUAUCCCAUAAUAAACGAACUCCUUCCCAGACCCUCUCGAUUUAAAUAUGAAAACUAGGUAGGGCUUAUAAGCGACAGUUAACGUUUUCUUUUUUUCUUUUUUUUUUUUUAAAUUGCCAUUUUUGUUUGUUUAAUUCGUUGUUGUUGUUUAAUUAUCUUUCUCCUUUAUGCAGAAUAAUCCAGAUAUUAAAGACAAAUGUGAACUGAUUAACCUAGAACUAAGACAGCACUGAUUUUCACGCCUAAUUUGUUUAUUUUUGCGCGCAGCAAUAACAACCCCAUACUCUUAUCCUUAAAAUGUUUUUUUCUUUGAAAUACCAUUUAUUGACGUCCAUACCGGGCAUAUUUAACUGUAAACGCUGUAUUGUUAGCAAGGAAGAUAGAGGAUUUACAAAAUGAUUCUUAUUGACUGUUUUGUUAUUAAUAUUAUUAUUAUUAUGCUCUUGCAGGAUACUACAUGUAUACGGAGACGUCGUCUCCUAGGCAGCAAGGUGACAACGCAAAACUUCAAGUGUCUGUUUCUGGAAAUGGAGCAGCAGCUUGUCUCGUUUUCUAUUAUCACAUGUAUGGUGAUACCAUAGGAGCUCUAAAUGUUUACAGCGGUAAUGAUUUGGUUUUCAAUGUAUUUGGGAACCAGGGUAACUACUGGAUAGGAGCAAUGGAAACAAUUUAUUUGCGAAACAGUGUAAGUUAGAUAAAGGUGAAUUUUUAUUCCGGAACCCUGGAAACCUUUUAUCUGUAGAAUCCGGAAUGCUGGCUUUCAAUUUGAAUCCGGAAUACCGCUCUAGGAAUCUAGAAUCCCACUCAGAUUGGAAUCCGGACUCCAAGUUGCACUGGCAAAGGUCAGGAAUCCAGUACCUGGAAUCCGGAUUUCAUGGGGUAAAAUCUAGAAGCCAAGACUGUUUUGGAUCCUCUUUAAUGGCAUGAGCGACUGUUGGUCUUAAGUUUCAGUGGCUAAAAUCUUUACACACAGAAAUCUUUGAACAUCUUCAGAAAUUGGUUGAAAAACCUACAUAUAAUAUGAAAGGAUCUAUUCAGUUAUUUUAUUAAGUCCCCUUACGAUAAUCUUUUAUCGAGAUCAACGUGCUACCAAUUCUUCAUUAAAAUUGGCCACUAUUUGUAAAUCUAGUUUGAGGGGAAUAUGAGUCUUAGUUUUCUUUGUGUUGAUUACCUCUUUAUCAUAAGUCAUGGCUUUAUUUAUUUGUUUAUUUAUUUUAUUUCACAACGGUUUCCGCUUGCAGCGAUCCAACUUGUUUGACUUUGCCUUUCUUUAAGUGUUUGAAGACCUCCCAUUGCUUUGUACUUCAUUUAUAGAUAACCUUCGAAGGUAUUGCGGGGUCUUCAUUUACAGGAGAUAUAGCUAUCGAUGAUGUAGCAAUCGCCAAUGGAAGCUGUAAUAAUUCCACUGUGUUGCCGACAAAUUCUGGCGCUGGAGGUACAUAGUCCAGUAGUUGAUUAGGCUUAAAAGUAUUUGGUUACAUUCCUUACGUGUAUCACGUAAGGAAUAUCAGUAUCAAUGUAUCAAUAAGUUAAAUUUCAACGAACACAUCAACGACGUAUGUAACAAAGCUAGUCAAAGGGUUGGGGUAAUUAUGAGAUUGAGAAAUCUAAUUCCCACCACGGCAAAGUUAGUACUUUUUAAAUCAGCUAUCUUGCCAUACUUAACAUACUGCCACCUUGUUUGGCAUUUUUGCAGGCAAGCGAUACUCGUAGACUCAAGAGAAGCCAGGAACGAGGACUUAGGGCUGUGUAUAACGACACUAAGUCCAGUUAUCAUCAGUUAUUGAAUAGGGCUAACUUGCCAACACUGUUGAAUAGACGUCUUCGAGACAUAUGCCUCCUAAUGUACUAGGUUAAACACACUAAAAUGUGUUCCGAAGCCAUCACCAACAUUUUUAAACCCCGUGAUUCAUGCUACAGUUUAACAAAUUCAGACUUUCUUUUACCCAGGUUUAACACAGUUUCAUUUGGUAAGCAUUCCCUUCGAUAUUUAGGUCCCAUUUUAUGGAGUAAGCUGGACAAAAAUGAUAAAACGUGUAAAUCAUUAAGUGAUUUUAGAAACCGAAUGCGUAAUAAGGAUCUGACAUCUCUUACUGAUGAUGGAUGCAAAGGAUGUCUUCUGUGUGAUAGUUGAUGUCUCAUCGGAAAUAAUUUUAGCAUUUUAGUACUCAGCUUUAGUAUUUUAGCUAACAAUUUGUAACAUAUUGCAUGGAUUUUUUUAUAUCUACUUAAUUAUUGUAUCUAUUAUAUUUUAACUGUAGGUGUCCCCUAUUAGUAGAGGGCCUGCCCCUCGGCUAGUUUUUCCUUCUUGACACAUAAAUAAAGUUUCUAUCUAUCUAUCACCGCAGCUGCGUGUUAUCCCCCAUAAAUUUAAGGUGGACAAACAAGAAAAGAAUUUUUUAUUUAUGGGAGGCAGCAUAGCAGAGUGGUUAAUACUUUUGUCAUCUGGCAGUCCUGGGCUUCAGUCCCGUUCAGACCACUAUAGCUUGAUUUGUUUUUCGGUCAUCGAACAGUUAAAUGGACCACGCUUGUAAAUAGCUACAGAUUGCCAUUUGCAAAUUGUUUUUGUUAUUGUUGUUGUUAUUUCUUUAAAUCUGGCUUCUAUUUGGAUCAUUCAUUGUUGAGCUAUUUUGAAAAAACAAAUAGCUCAUAUGUCAAUGGUCUUAGCAUGUGUAUCUGUGUGUUGCAGGGGCCAAUAAGGUUAGGUACUAAGCGAUACUAUGCUAGCUACCAAUGCGAUUUUGGCAUCUUAGCAUGACAUUGCUGCGCUAAAGGUCAAACAAGGGCAUGUCAAGGCCGCCAUUUUCGAUCUUCACAAUUUUGCCGUCUUUUAUUACGGCUAAAGGUGUUAAGAAGCAUAACGUUUAAAUAUCAUCAUGAUUCAAACUAUGAAUACAGUGAUGCAUCUGUCUAAAGGUUCAUAUUUUAGUGUGGCUGCUGGUUCACGACAUCGGUGACCUAUUCUUGGCUAUCGCGAACGGCACAACGUACGCGAAUUAUGUUUCACCUGCUUCAAAGUGAAGUAUAAAAAAAAUAUUUACAAAGGUCUACAAAUAUCACGUUAGUAAUUGGUAGUGUAGAUAGUGACUUUAACUUGUAAGUAUGCGGCGUAAUUGUGUUUUUUAAAGUUUGAACAAGAGCUAUUUUUUUAAGUUGUGCCGAGUAAAUUAAUUCCGGAAACAUGCUUUAUUCUCUCCCGUACAAUGAUCAACAGACCUUUAACUUCACGUUCCGGCGGCAUACUGUAUUUCGUGGACUCCACUGGACUGGACUGGACUUGUAAAAUGAGGACUAGUAAGACGCGGACUUGUAAAACGUGGACUAGUAAAACGCAGACUUGUAAAACGCGGACCUGUAAAACGUGGACUAGUAAAACGCGGACUAGUGAAACGAGGACUUGUAAAACAGGAGGCUUUACUCUUUAAGGGUCCUUAAUAGUCCAGGCAUUUUAUCGCGAAAAGUCGGUCAAUCUGCCACUAGUUGCAAAACAAGGUUUUUUAACGGUUUUUGGUCCCGGAACAUGUCCUCUAUAACAUAUCAAAAGUCCCCGAAAAUCCGAGCAGGGGAAGUUGACCAAAAACGAGUUUUUUAAGAGCCCUAUAUAGACUAAUACUGCGCAGCAUGGAAACGAGGUUGUAUGUACUCCCUGUUGUAUUGCUUGAGUUUGAAGCCCAGUGCAGCAUGGGCUAGUAAAGACUGAGAGAAUUUACUGUGUUUUCUUCCUAAGUAAGUGCAUUUACGUAACGAUUAAAUAAAACAACUGUUGUGUAUAAGAUUCUUAAAUCAGAAAAAAACACGUAAAACCUGUAGAAAAUAUCCACCAUUGUUAGCCGUAUCUAGGUGAAGUAUUUAGCGAGGAAUUAUGUCUUACGCAAGCGAAUUUAGAACUAUAAAAGGAUAAUAUUGAACUGAAAGUAAAAGUAACAUCGUGUUCUAAGUUAAUAUAAUUCAAGAAAAAAUAUUUGUCUUGAGUAGAGACUUCCAAAAUGAACUGAUCAUUCAGCUCGGUGAAAAACCUGUACUUCACUCAUCGCUUCGCGCUUACUUUUUUCGGGAGUCACAAAACUUAGUUUAUUAGUAAAUUCAUUUAUUUUUUUUUCUUCAAAAUGUAAAGAAAAAAGUCUAGGAACCGUAUCAGGUUUUAUGAAACUGGUGACCAUUUUCGCUAAAGUCGAAGGAAAUUUUUUCGCUGACUUUCAUUAUUAAACGCGGACUAGUAAAACGAGGACUUGUAAAACGCAAAAAAAAAUGUUUGCUUUAUGAACACGAUCAUCUAAAUUCAAAGAACUUCUCAACUGAAAAUAAGAGGCACCAUAACUCUUAACAUUAAUGUAUACUAUGCAAAUAAAUCUACAAAUAAGAUUCAUAAUCUAAUUUAGCGUCAUUGUUAUCUGUGUCAUAUAAUAUUGUAAAGUAACAAUCAGUCUUGAUCUUGGGUCGUCUUUUCGUCCCACUUCCAAGCUGUUCUUUUAUAUCUAUAUCUCUCCAUUCGAAACGCGGAAAAUUAACAGGAGGUUUUCGUUUUUUCACGAGACACGUUAGCUUGAAAGAAGCUGCCAUCUUCGCCCGACAAUUACAAUGCAAAUUUUGUUGAAAGUUGGCUCGAAUCUUUGAUGACGUCAAAGGUCACCAGACCAUUUCCGUCUCCUGUAGUAAAAUAAGUGACCGUCACGUACGUUUAGCUUAAUACAAUUUUACUCCGGGGCAUCUACUUUUGAAGCUAGAAAAAAUAAGGUUGUGUACUUUUUGCUGCGAAUUCUUCCUUUAUCAGAAUGUCAUUGCCAGAAAUCGUGGACAUUUCGCGCCCGUGAUCAAUUGUCAGCGGAAUCUCAUUUUUAAAAUGGCGGACAAAAACUAUCGUAGUCAGGGAAAGCGUAUCCCUUGCGAUUUUUUAAAUAAUUUGAGCUCUGUGGAUCUGUUUUACGAAGAAAAAAGCUGGAAUUAAACACCUUGCAAGAAAAUGUUAGGUUUAUACGCGGCCGAGCGGCUGAUAGCAACAAAACAGUACGCGGAUGUACCUUUCGUGACAUUUUCGUGACAAUUUUGUUUUAAAACCAAGCCUGGUAGGCUAAUCGAGGAUUUUUGAAUGCCUGGAACCUAGUUUAUAUCCCGUGAAGCAUCUCUGGAGUUGUAGCAACAAACAAAAUGGCGAUUCUGUGGGGUUUGGAGUUGUGAAGCUGUGUCCGACCGAAAUGUGUCAUUCGCAACCAUGGCGUCCAUUACUGGACUACAGAUGGAAAACUGAGGGAAAUAAUGCGCCUUUGGAAGUAUUUUGCAGUGCAAAAAUCGUCCUUUUAACGACUGUUUUGGAAACAUCUUCCAUCGCAGAAGUGAUAUCAAGUCGGGCAAAUUUACUUCAGUGAAGGGUUUAUCCUCUAAUCGACGAGUAUUUCGCAUGACUUCGGCAAGAUUUUAAGACAAUGUAUGGAGAAAUGGAGCGUACAACAAGGAAUGAAAGUGGCCACGUCAGGAAGUAAGUAAACCUACUUCUAAUUAGCUAUUUUUAACCCAGAUGCGAGGGAUACACAGCACUUAACAUGUUUCGAGUCGGGCACCGAACACCCGUGAGCUCAUAAUCGAUAUAUUUGAAAAAGUUUCCUUAUCUCCAUACAUUUUCUUAUACGAAUUCGCAGCCAUUGUGGCCUUAGUGCGCACGCGCAACCGCCAUCUUGUCCCUAAUUUCUGGCAAUGUUAUAGACGUAUUGAAGGGAACAAGCAAAUCAUUGGACAUGCUGCGUGACAGAAAGCAGGCGAUCCCAAAAUAAAACUAUUAUUAUCAUUCUUGUUGUUGUUAUUAUUAUUGUUAUUAUUGUUAUUAUUAUUUAUUAUUAUUAUUAUUAUUAUUAUUAUUCAACUGGCUGCUUAAAGAUUCGAUGGUACACAAUUACGAUUAUGAACUGGUGAUAAAUAAAUUUCUUCGCGGCCAAAACUUUUUAAAUUGUUUUUAACUGGCGUUGUUACGCUCGCUAAACCGUCGGAAUAAAACAGCCUAAAAAUACAUGAACAGAAUUUUUAAACGUAAAUUAGUUUUUGUAAAAGUCUGUUCACCGUGCAGUUUUAUACGAUUUAUAAACGCACAAAAAAUCAAAAAUGAAAAAAUAAAAAUAAAAAAGAAGUCCGAAGGAGCCUAUCCUGAGUCCGCGUUUUACAAGUCCAGUCCAGUCCACGAAAUACAGUAUGCCAGUUCUGGCGACUUAAAUACAACUAUAUGUAAUACAUGUUUGCUGUCAUAACAGUAAUUAAAACGUACUAUUAUUCAUUCAAAAUGUUUAUCCGUUUCUGAUUGGCUAAAAGCACACGCAUUAUUCCCCAUAACCGGCUAAUAUGGACCAAAUUUGGAAGAAUUUUGCAAUUAAUCAACCCAUGACAAAAAAAAAAUGUAGCACAUUUGCAGGUUAAUGCAUCGUUAACCGAGAAGACCUGGGGACGAGGUUGAGUUGUUUAGGUUGUAAAAAGAAAAAUGGCCGAACGGUCGGCAGAACAUUUCAUUCGUUUCACGACGAACUAUUGUUUAAAAAGAUAGCAAGAAGACAAUUCGACGAACAACAAAACAGUAUUUGGAGAAUAUUUGCAGACCUGAACAGCCCUUUCUCUUCUUAACAUGCAGUAUUGAGUUGAACUUAAUAUCGACGAAGGUAAGCAUGUUUUAGCUUGUUUUUAAACUAGGAAUUAUUUUGAAUGAAUAAUAAACCAAUCAAUGAGUUCGGCUUUCGUAAGGUAUAAAGAAUUACGCAGAUCUCGUAGGGUGUUAUCCAUGCACCUCAGCCUUCGGCCUCGGUUAUAACACCCUCCUCGAUCUGCGUAAUUCUUCAUGUCCUAAUCUGCCUCAUUAUUAAUUGCUAAGUUAAUUAAUAUUUUUACCCAGUGGCUAAGUAAAGAUGCGUAACGUUUGCUUUAGCGAAUAAACUUGGAAGUCGCCGAUUGACAAAAUAAUUAGAGAUUGUUUUAUUGAGUGGAAUAAUAUAAGAUUAGUACUAAAAAUCAUUAUUUCGGCAAUGUGAAUUUUCUGUCAUAGAUAUUUGAUUCCGUAUUCCGUUUCCGUUUCCGUGAUUCCUCUUCCUUUUCCGGAUUCCGGAUUCCAUUUUUUAGUGCUGCCGCUAGGCAAUGCUGCUAAGUAGUUAGCCAAUAUUUUUUUUACUCCGGAUCCAGGUAAAAGGCCCUGAGUUCAAAUCUCGCCCUGAAAUCCUUCUGGAUUUGCCUUUGGCAUUGCCGAAGAUUUUUUUCGUGGUUAAUAUAUGUAGAUACGUUAUUCGAGUUAAUCAAAAUCUACCUCUGAAAUUAAGUCGUGCUUCAGAGUUUUAAUUAAACGUACGCGCCUGAUUACUAUCAACACCGCUCUCCUCUAUUCCCCUUGAAAAAUGCACCAGCUCUUAAGCAUGGUCAUGCUCGGAUCUAAACUUUUUGUGUGUGUGUUUUCAGUCUUUCCUUUUACCGUUGUUAGGUUUACGGCUGGUUGGAGGAUCUGGAAGCUGGGAAGGAAGAGUUGAAGUUUAUUAUCAUAACAUCUGGGGAACCGUUUGUGAUGACUCCUGGGAUAUGUAUGACGCGCAAGUUGUUUGUCGUCAACUUGGGUUUCCUGGAGCGGUAAGUGCUCCAGGGUCUGCCUGGUUCGGCAACGGAAGUGGUCAAAUUUGGCUGGAUGAUGUUGCAUGUUCGGGAAGUGAAAGUUCUAUAUUCUAUUGCAUGCACAGUGGAUGGAGCUCUCAUAACUGCGACCACAGUGAAGAUGCAUCGGUGAUAUGUUUAGGUAUGUGACAAUGAUUUUUUCAGAGCGUCCUAAUGUGAAUGCUUAAAAAACGGGUUGGGAAAUUUUGCUGUGAUUUUGUUUGUAUAUUCGCUACCGCCUGAAUUUAAAGUCGGGAAACGUUAAAAGAAUAUACAACUUGUCUAUACCAACAGCACCACCAACUUCUGUUCCAUGGACAACGUGGUCGCCCUGGACGUCGCCUUCUGCACAAACAUCGUGUAGCUUUGACUAUGGAUUGUGUUAUGGAUGGCGUCAGUCUCGCUCAGACGUAUUUGACUGGACACUGCGAAACGGAAGUACUCCAUCUUUUAAUACGGGGCCUUCAUCAGAUCACACGACUGGAAACGGUACAUACACUAACACUGUAAAUGAUUUCACAAUAUCUGCAUGUUAUCAGUCAACUGUCAAAGCUACCACGCCAUUAAGACCCUCGUAA